GGCACAGUGAGAGAGAAAGAUCGUCAUAGCGGAGGACAUAUAGGGAAGGAGAAGAAGAAAAUGGAGAGAACCCCUCGGCCUGAAAUGGGUCGGGAACGGGGUAGAAGACGGUCUGUAACCAGGGUGAUGGAGGAUGGGAUGUGUCGGCUGGUGGCCACACUGCCUCAGCUGGAGGAGCAGAAAUGCCCGGAUAUGUUUCGCUGCACGGACGAAGUGUCCUACUGGCUGCAGGAGAACGAGAGGAAGCAGCAGAUUGUGGCGCUGAAGGAGACCAUCUCUGAGCUGCAGGAGGCGCUGAGAAACCACCGGCACCGCGUCAAAGUCCUCGAGCUGCAGUCACGAACAGGAUUCGCCUCCUACUCUUCCUCGUGCUGCCUCGUGUGCUCAGCCAGGGAGCCUAUAUACAAACACAGACUCUCAGCUGCACAGAGUGAAGAGAGGAACCCCUCAAACACCUCCUUGGAAAGCCGCUUUCACGAGUUGGAGCAUCACUACACUGAAGCCACCACCCUGCUGCACCUGCAGGGCACCCUGAUCCUGGACCUCCAGAACCACCUCCAUAAUCUGACUCUUCUGGUGGAUGAAUUCAAAAGAAGCCCCGGGUGCUUGACCAACAUCCUCCAUGCCAACCCGCUGAUGAGUGCUCAAGAAGCUCGGCACUCAGAGCAUGUGAGGAACUGUCCCAUAGACUGCGCUUCCAUCUACUACAAUGGAGCGAGGAGUCAAUGGAGUGACGUUUGUCACCGUGACGACAGGUAGUACACAGGAGCAAUCCUCGCUGGAGGGCUCACGUGGGAGAUCUCUGAGACGCCGGAGUGAUGAUCCAGAAGGAACUGAAUGACAACAGAGAUGGCUGCAGGUGACUGGUGGGUACUCCAUGUUCUCAGAAGUGUUGACGUCUCUUUCUGCUGCAUAUUUUUGGAAAACAAACUUUAUACCGUGUCUUUUCGGGACACGAGCAUCUUUCAUUCAGUCACAUAGGAAGCAAGUUGUUCUAUUUGUUUACCUGUAUUUUGUAUUUUUAGUUUAAUACAUCAAUACUUGACAGACAGCCAAGAAAAUAAAAAUAAAAACGGGACAUUCUUGUGAUGAGGAGGUGAGGAGCUCCCAGAGGAGGCACGAGCAACAUGGCAGGAGGAUCAAAUCAAACUGUUUAUUAAAUUCUCUGCAUAUGGUCUUUGCUUAUUGCAUAUUUAUUAUUAUUUUAUUAUCCAAUUUCAUUUGUUUUUGAAUUUGCAGCCAACGAUGAGUUUAACCAUUUGAGUAAAUUCUCUUAAAAUGAAAAAGGGUUUUAUUACUAAAGCAUCAGAACACUAUUGUAUUAGCUCUAAUAACCCUUUGAUUUGAUAAGCGCUACUCUCUCACAGUACGAGGGUAUGGCGGAGAAGAUGUGCUAUACGAGGACUAUGUAUACAUACUGUAUGGAUUGUACAAUAAACAUAUAUAUAUAAGAAAUGUGA